AUGGGAAAGGGAAAAAAAGAUGGUAGUGCAGCACAAAAUGGAGCUGGCUGCCAGCAAAGGAAUGGAGAGGCAGCCGUGACGCCACAUGAGGAGCACAAAGAAGAAAACAAGGGAAAAGAAAUUGUGUUGAAAGCUUACAUGCAUUGCCAAGGAUGUGCUGAUAAAAUCUUAUAUAUCCUGAAAGGAUUUGAAGGUGUGGAAGAAGUUAAGAUGGAUAGCAAACAGAACAAGGUAAUGGUGAAGGGACCGAAGGCUGAUCCAUCGAAAGUUUUAGAGAGACUUCAAGGAAAAUAUAGUAGAAAUGUUGAACUCAUAUCUCCAAAACUAAAACCCAAUGCUCAAGAUAAAAAAGAGCCAGAAAAAAAACCAGUGCCUCAAGCAAAGAUAGUCGUGCUGAAAAUGAAUAUGCAUUGUGAAGGUUGUGCUCAUGGCAUCAAGAAAAAAGUAUUGAGAAUGGAAGGAGUUUCAAGUGUGGAGCCAGAUAUGGAGAAUUCACAAGUGACUGUUAGGGGAGCCUUCGAUCCACCAAGACUCGCCCAGAAAAUUAUGGGAAAGCUGGGGAUUCAUGUUGAGAUUCUGAAGCAACAAAACCAGGCAGCACCGAAGGAUAAAAAUAACAAUAACAGCAACAAUAAUAAGAAUAUGUUUCACUAUCCUCCUCAAAAUUCCCAAGAAUAUGUUUAUCCUUGUCCAAUAUUCAGUGAUGAAAAUGUUUUUUCAUGUUCAAUAAUGUAA